AGCCAAAAACAUAUUUUUCUUUUAGUUUAUUUAAGUAUUUUUAAUAUUUAUUGAAGAUAUACUCAUUAAAUAAAAUUUAUUGUAAAUUAUUGACCAUCAUGGCAUAUUCUACUAGUGUAAAUAUAAGUAUUGAAACGCAGGCUGAAAACAUAAUUCAAGAAAUUUCUUACGAUGGACAGGAAAUCUAUCAACCAGCAUUGUCUAUGUCAGACAAUUUGUCAAAGCUUGCACAAAGAAUUGACUUCAGUAAGGUUGAAGAAGAUAUUAAACAACCAGAAGUGGAGGUUAAAAGUGAAGAAGAACCCAAAGAGCAGUCACCUAAUGUACCUUUAUCCGGAUGGAUUGAUUCAGUUGUUUCUAAGCUGAAGAGAGCAGCGACAGAAAUUUGUGUUAUAUCUGAUGUCUUAGCUGUCACAAAAGAAAAGCGAUAUAUGAUACUAGAUCCAAUUCCCACGGAUUCUAUUGAAACCAAACCAAUGGCUCAAAUAUAUCUUCGCAAAAAGGCAUUAGCUAGUGCGUCUAAUAUCAUAAUGUCAGCUGUAGAACGUUUAAGAAGUAGUCAGAAUGAGUUUAUGAGAAACCGAACAACACCUGAUUUUCAUAUUGAAUUAUUAAGGUUACGACAAAAUUGGAGAUUAAAAAAAGUUUCUACAGCGAUUAUUGGUGAUUUGAGUUUUAAAACAGCUGGUUCAAAAUUUGGACAAAGUGGGAUGUUUGAAGUGACAAAAGCUGAAGAUGAUGUUCAAUCAACUAUUGGAACUUCUUCUAGUAGUCCAUCAUCUUCCCCCAGUCAAAAUGUUUCAAUGACAAAAUCACCUUCUGCACUAAGAGUAACUGUACCUACUGAAUUACAUGGAGUAUCAUAUAUAAUGGUACUAUGCCAAAAAGAUCAAGAAAAUAUUUUUAAUACCUCAGUAAAUCUACUUGGUUCAGCCCCAGCUACUCUUAAUUCAGAUAUGCAUUGGCAACAAAAAUUGGAAGCUGCACAAAAUUUGUUAUUUUGUAAAGAAUUGUUCAAUCAGCUAGCCAAGGAAGCAGUUCAGUUACAAGCAACGAUUCCACACAUGGUUGUUGGAAAUCAAAUUUCAGCUACAGUCUUUCCUGGUAUACAGUUAAUUAUUGGCUUAUGUCAUAGUUCAACAAAUGGCAAUCCUAAUACUGUACUACCAUCUAAAACUGAUCAUGACCAUGUAUUGGAACACUCUUUACAUCAAUUACUAAGAGAAGUACACCAUAAAAAUACUCAUCAACCAUUUCCUCAUCCUUCUUCUGGGCCUUUAGGUCCUAGUAAACGUCGAGCAGUUGCUGGCCCAAAUGCAUCAGAUCGUUUAGAACUAUUAGAAAUGUCUAAAAGUCAAACUUUAUUGGAACAAAUCAUUGAACAAGCUCAACAUUUUUUUAUGAGAUUACGCACAGAAUAUGUCAUUGAUACAUUAGCUAAAGAGGUUAAAGAUCCUAUAAUAAUUUCACAUUGGAAUUCAUUAAAUUCUCCAACACAAGCCUGUGUUAAAGUAACUAUUGUUUCACAUGGAUUUGACUGUAUUUGUAGAACUUCUUUAGUUGUACAUGUAAUGAAAAAAUCAUUGAAAUGUAUUUGUCGUGAUGGUCGAGUUAUGUAUUUAUCAUAUGAACCUCAAGAAUUAAGAGAUCUCAUUUUUUGUCAAAUUUAUCAACAUCAAAUAAUGGGAGUGCAGUCUGUGGCUAAAACACAAGGAUGGCAAUUCUUAGCUAGUUCUUCUCAUCUUGGACUUGGUCCAGUUGAACCUAUGGGAAAUGCUAGUUCAUGUUUAUUAGCAUCACCAAUAGGAGAUAGAUUGAUAUCGGUUAAAUGUGAACCACAAGGCAAUGUUUGUGUGAGUAUUGCACAUUCACCGAAAAAAGAUUUUUUUGGUGGUCAACUGGUAAAAGAAAGAAAAUGGGAAAAUUUAGGAGGUUCCUUCAAAAAAGUACGAUGGGAUAAAAUGGAAGGCAAAAAUUUUUUAAAUAAAAUCGAACUCUUAAUGGCUAGUUUAACAAAUUCUACCUAAUUUAUUAAUAUAAUAAUUAGUUAUUAUUUUUUUUUUUUAAAUAAAAUUGUUUUAUAUUAUAUGUAAUUUCUUUAGGUAAUUAAAUUAUUUAUAACUAUAUGUAUAAAAAUAGAUAUGACACAUAUUAAAUUUAAAUAUAUAAAAAUUAUCUAUUUUAUUUUGUAUGUAUAUAUAAUGAGUUAAUUUAUGUUAAUAAAAAAAAAAUCAAUGUAUAUUUAUACUGGAUAAGACUUAAAAAAGUAUAUUGAUUUUUUUAAUAUUGUAAUAAAACAUACUCUUAUAGAUUAUAACUAAACAAUCCUUCUAGAAUCUUUUUUUACCGUUAAAUGUAAAUCUGAGAUCUUAUACAAUCUUCUUAUUU